AUGUCCAAUGUCUUUUACCCCUCCCCUGGCUGCAAACUGACCCCCGCACGGGCAUCGGGCAACUUUGGCACUCCCAUCACCGCCGCCCUCCAACGCGCCGGCUUCGACAUCACCAUCAUCACCCGUACCGAAUCUUCCUCGACUUUCCCCGCUGGCCUGCCCGUCAUUCGAACCAGCUACACCCUUGAACACCUGACCACAGCCCUCGCCGGCCAGGAUGCCGCCAUCUGCGUGGUCGGCCCCGGUGGCAUCGGCGCGCAGGUCACCAUGAUCGAGGCCGCCGAAGCCGCGGGCGUCAAGCGAUUCAUCGUCGACGACUUUGGCUGGGGCCCCGAAUUUCGCAAUUUCCCCGAAUUCCGCGCCAUUCACGCCCAUCGUCGCGCUGGUUGGGAACUCGCCAGGGCGAAGGCCGAAGCCAAUCCCAACUUCACGUUCACGGGCAUCACCUCGGGAAAUCCGAUUGAUUGGGCCAUGAAGCGGUUCCCGCAGAUGGGCUUCGACAUCGCCCGCUCCUCGGCCAUCAUCUAUGACUCUGGCACGGAGAAAUUCACCGCCACCACCCUCGCAGGCAUCGGGCAGUCGGUCGUCGGAGUCCUGCAGCACCCCGAUGAAACCGCCAACCGGUUCGUCAAGGUCAUGUCGCUGAUCACCGACCAAACCGAGCUGCUGGAGGCCUUCCAGCGCGUCACGGGUCGGCAAUGGCCAGUCCAGCGCGCCUCCGCGCAGACCCUGAUCGAGAGCGGACAGCGCAAGUUCCAGGCCGGUAUGGGCGGCUGGGUGUUGGAAUUGGUGGUGGCGCAGAUGUACGAUGAAGGACAGGCCCGCUGUGUCAUGGCUCCGUCGUGGGAGGCGUCGGAUUCCCCCUUGCUGGGGGUGAAGAAUGAGAGUGCAGAGGAGGUGGUGUCCAAGGUUUUGCAGUUGUGA